AUGGAUCUGGCCACCAAAACCCCCUUCUGGGGCCCCCAGACAUCCUAUUUGAACUUCUGUGAAGAGGACUAUGUAAUCACCAGAUACGUCGCGGAGUUCAUCAACACCCUCAGCAGCCUUGUAUACAUCGUUCUUGGGAUUCACGGUCUGUUGAGGAUCAUCAAAAAUGGCCAAGCGACAGUGGGUCGUUCACUUCCCUUCUUCGGUUUGAUGGGCGUGGGUGUUUGCUCCGCCGGGUACCACAUGACCCUGAAAUAUCACACGCAAAUGUCGGAUGAACUAUCAAUGCACCUCCUCACUACGCCGCUCGUGUACCGUCUCCUCACUUUCCAGAAGAGCGAGCAGUACACCCGACUCAUGGGCAUCAUCCUCUUCAUCGAGUUCACCGUCGUCAUGGUUGCUCAUAUGGCCCUGGAUGAGUUCCUUCUCCAUGCGGUGACCUUUGGAUCGGGUGUUCUUCUGAUUGUGAUCUGUACAAUGAGAGUCAUCCCGCGACAAAUUCCAGAUGCCGUGAUUCGGAGGAAUGUUAAGAGCGUGACUCAUUUUGGAAUUUUCUGCUUCCUUUUUGGAUACAUAAUCUGGCUCGUCGAUGAAUUCACCUGUAGACAUUUGAUCUCCAUCCGACAUUCCAUCGGCCUUCCCUUGGCUUUCCUAUUUGAACUCCACGGAUGGUGGCAUGUUUUCACAGCCAUUGGUGGAUACAUUGCCGUGGUGGUUAUCGACAUGCUCACGGCUGGUGAGGUACACGAGGAUCCGACUGGCCAGUUUGCCUGGCCUCUUCCGCUUGUCGCCAGGACGAUGGGGUCAGCAGUGUCUAAGAAGGAGAAUUAA